AUGGUCCGCCCGGGGGCCGCCGAUCCCGGUGCCGCCGUGGAGCGGCUCUGCCGGGAGCUCAACCUGGACGCGGCGAGCGCGGCCGAGGCGCUGCGCGACUUCACGGCGCUGCGGGGCACCUACAGCCUGGAGGGCGAAGCGCUGCACUGGUUGGCCUGCGCGCUGUACGUCGCCUGCCGCCGGAGCCGCGUGCCCACCGUGGGGAGCAGCCCGAUGGAGGGGAACGGCGUCUCCCUGACCCGCAUCCUGCGCUCCGCACGCCUCAGUUUAAUUCAGUUUUUUAGCAAAAUGAAGAAGUGGAUGGACAUGUCAAACCUGCCCCAGGAAUUCCGAGAGCGAGUUGAGAGGCUGGAGAGAAAUUUUGAAGUGUCAACUGUGAUUUUCAAAAAGUUUGAACCAAUAUUUUUUGAUAUAUUUCAAAACCCUUUUGAAGAAACUUCCAAACCGCAUCGAAGCAGGAAGCAGAGGCGGGUGCCAUGCAGUGUCAAAGAUCUCUUCAACUUCUGCUGGACUCUCUUUGUGUACACUAAGGGUAAUUUCCGUAUGAUUGGAGAUGAUUUAGUAAAUUCCUAUCAUUUACUUCUGUGCUGCUUGGACCUGAUUUUUGCCAAUGCCCUUCUGUGUCCAAACAGAAGAGAUUUGGUAAAUCCAUCAUUUAAAGGCUUACCCGUGGAAUCCCUCACUCUGGAGAUGAAAGGCUCUGAGGAUCCUCCCUGCAUCAUUGGCACGCUCUGCGAGCUGCACGACGGGCUCCUGGUGGAGGCCAAGGGCAUCAAGGAGCACUACUUCAAACCUUACAUUGCAAAGCUGUUUGAUAGGAAGAUCUUAAAAGGAGAUUGUUUGUUGGAUCUUUGCAACUUUACAGAAAAUAGCAAAGCACUGAAUAAAGAGUAUGAAGAGUAUGUUCUGACUGUGGGUGACUUUGAUGAGAGAGUUUUCCUGGGAGCUGAUGCUGAAGAAGAAAUUGGCACUCGAAAAUUCCCUGCAGAUGUGCCAGGAGAGAAAACGGCAGCACGAGCUCACAUGGAGUGUCAUCUGCAGCAGCAUUUUGAAAAGAAAAGGUCAUUUGCACCUUCAACUCCACUGACUGGCAGGAGAUACCUGCGAGAGAAGGAAACUGCCUUCACUCCUGUGGCCUCAGCCACACAGAGCGUGAGCCGUCUGCAGAGCAUGGUGGCUGGGUUGAAAAAUGCACCAAGUGAACAACUUACAGCUAUUUUUGAGUCUUGUGCCCGCAGCCCCUUGGAAAGCAUCAUGAGCAGAGUGAAGGAAAUUGGUGAGACCUUCUGCUGCUGCUACACUCAGUCAACAGAUGAGCAGCCAGGAUCUCACAUAGAUUUUGCUGUAAACAGAUUAAAACUGGCAGAGAUCUUGUAUUAUAAAAUCUUGGAGACUAUAAUGGUGCAAGAAACACGGAGACUGCAUGGGAAGGAUCUGACUGCUCUCCUGGAGCAGGAUGUCUUUCACCGCUCCCUCCUGGCCUGCUGCCUGGAGAUCGUGCUCUUCGCCUACAGCUCCCCUCGCACCUUCCCCUGGAUCAUUGACGUGCUGGACAUCAGGCCAUUCUACUUCUAUAAGGUUAUUGAAGUGCUGAUCCGGUCUGAGGAAGGGCUGUCCAGAGACAUGGUGAAGCACCUCAAUAGCAUUGAGGAACAGAUUCUGGAGAGUCUGGCCUGGACUCGGAACUCAGCACUCUGGAAUGCACUCGAGGCCUCAGAAAACAAAGUCCCAACCUGUGAAGAAGUGAUAUUUCCCAGUAAUUUUGAGGCCAGCAAUGGAGGAAGUGGGUUUGGGCACUUGCCCAUGAUGCCAUUAUCUCCCAUAAUUCAUCCUCGAGUGAAAGAGGUUCGGACAGAUCUUGGUGGGAGUUUAAGACGAGACGUGCAGCCAUUGUCUCCAAUCUCCGUUCACGAGCGCUACAGUUCUCCUACAGCUGGGAGUGCUAAGAGAAGGCUCUUUGGAGAUGACAGCCCCAAAGAAACGCAGAUGGAAAAAAUCUUAACGAAAGGAACUAAGCUGACAAUUGCUCCAGCAUCAAGCAUUGGUGCUGAAAACAUGUCAGCAUCUCCUGCCCAGACAGUGCUGACCAUGACAACCACUACAGGACCAGGAAAAGCAGGACAGAAGGUCACUAUCCCACUGCAUGGUAUUUCAAAUGACAUGGGUGGAAUCACCUUGAUCCCCAUUUCAAUUAAUUUAGGCCAGCCAUGUAAAGUGGAUGCUCAGGCUCCCUGCCACCCUCCUGGGACCCAAGGAGCAGACGUGGCGCUGCCUGUGGCCGGCAAGCCGAAGAGAACGGGCUCCUUGGCACUGUUCUACAGGAAGGUGUACCACCUGGCGAGCGUGCGCCUGCGGGACCUGUGCCUGAAGCUGGACGUGUCCAACGAGCUGCGCAGGAAGAUCUGGACGUGUUUUGAGUUCACCUUGGUUCAUUGUGCUGACCUUAUGAAGGACAGGCAUUUGGACCAGCUCCUCCUCUGUGCUUUUUAUAUCAUGGCAAAGGUAACCAAAGAGGAAAGAACUUUUCAGGACAUAAUGAAAAGUUACAGGAAUCAGCCCCAGGCAAACAGCCAUGUUUAUAGGAGUGUCUUGUUGAGAAAUACUUCUGAUGAUGUUCCAUUGGACAAAAAUGCAAACCCAGAUAUGGAGAUGACAGAAGACUCAUCUGUGAAAGCUGGCAGCUCCUUGGGACGGUCCACAGCAGAGAAUUUGAGUGAGUCAGAAACAGAGGAGAGAGGAGAUCUUAUUAAAUUUUACAACGCAGUCUACGUAGGAAGAGUGAAGUCAUUUGCACUGAAGUACGAUAUCACAAACCAGGAUCAUGUGGUGGAGGCGCCGCCGCUGUCGCCGUUCCCCAGCCUGCGGCCGCAGGCGGCGUCCCCGCGCCGGAUCUCGCAGCAGCACUCGGUGUUCGUGUCCCCGCACAAGAACGGCGCCUGCCUCACGCCCCGCUCGGCCCUGCUCUACAGGUUCAAUGGCAGCCCCUCCAAGAGUUUGAAGGACAUCAACAAUAUGAUAAAGCAAGGCGAACACAGGAGUAAGAAGCGAGCAAUAACAAUUGACAGUGACACUGAAUCCCCCUCGAAGCGACUCUGCCAGGAAAAUGAUGAUGUUCUGCUGAAACGUCUGCAGGAUGUUGUCAGUGAGAGAGCAAAUCACUAAAAAGCUUCUGCUGUCUGUGGAUCUCUAAGUUACAGAGCUGGAUACAGCAUUGUGCUAUUUAUUUCUGGCUUUUGUAUAUAGACAACUGUCAAGUUCCUUCAACACUGAACUUUCACCUGACAUCCACAGGACACAAAAAGUAAGAGUUAUGUAGGAAAUGCCAGUGAUCUUCAUGCCCAAAGACCACACUGUGCUAUAACUUACUCUGAGCUGUUUUAGCAAAAGAGUGUUCUGUGAAACCCAUAUUGGAUGUUCUCAAGCCCCAUUUGGAGCAUCAUGAAUUCUGAGUGUAACUCAGCUUGGAAUACCAGUUUUAUUAUUAGAAUAAGAGUGAUAAAGAAAUUAGUGAAAUCAGUGAAGUCUCCUCAAGCUUUUGGCAUUUAGAGAAGAAACUUACAAAGUGCCUUAUUUGAAAAGAAUACAGAAUUUUAUGUAUUUUAC